UCGAGCUUACCAUCACUGUCGCUGGCCGGCAUCAUUUUCGAGAUGACAUGCCAAAAUGCGCUUUGCGCGUGAUGGCGAUGCCUCCGGAACAUCACAGAGCUACGAUACAAUCGUCAUAGGCGCAGGCGUCGGUGGCAUCGUGACCGCCACCAAACUUGUCGAGGCGGGCGAGAAAGUCUUGUUGCUCGAGCGCGGCGGCCCAUCUACGUUUGCCACAGGCGGAAGAGACCAGCCAUCAUGGCUUGCGGGCUCAGAUAUGACCAUCUUCGACUUGAUUGGCUUCAAGUACGCCCUCAGAAGAACGCAAGGCCUUUGGGACACUCAAGUCAACGCGACGGUCCCAUCCAUCCUCGGCGGCGGGGGUGCUGUCAAUGCUCAGCAGCAUUGGUGGCCACUUCAAUCGUAUUGGGACAAAUUCACAGGCUGGUCAGCAAGCGAGAUGGCCGGACAUGUUGCUGCCGCAUCUAAGCGUAUUCCCACAACGAUCCACAACAGCCCCGAUGGCAAAUUCUGGGGCACAGUAGGCAUCCACGAAGCCGGGCAGGCUCUGGCCCGUACACUCGGUUGGCGCGAGCUCGACUUCAGCGCAAACACGCAAGACAAAGACGGCGUAUUUGGUCGCAAUUGCUUUUCUGUUCGCGAAGGCGAGCGCGGCGGCGUACUUACAGGCUACUUGCCCGAUGCGCUCAAAUCGCCAAAUUUCAAGAUGAUGCUCGAUACAGAAGUUGUCGAGGUCAUUCGCCAAGGCCUGAACGUGACCGGCGUGCGCACCAAGACAGAGACGUUCGUUGCAAACAAAGUCGUUCUGUCCGCAGGCGUUUUCAAUACUGUCCGGCACCUCUUUCUACUCGGUAUAGGGCCGGAUGCGCAAGUGGCUGCGAGCGGUAGCAAAGUGCAUAAAGCGGACUGGAUAAAUCUGCCCGUCGGCGAAGGCGUGCAUGACAACGCGGCGCCCAUCUCGUUCAGAUUUAAUCACACGGGUGUGAUCAGCUUUGACUAUUCGGAUCCGCUGAACGUCCUGAGCAAGACCAGCCCAGCUGCUCAGCGCGCUCUCAAGCAUACCGGCGAGCUUACCUGGCACGGCACGCCGUCCGUUGGAUUUUGGAGUGUGAAAGCCAGCGAUGGUGGUCCGCCGAUCUACUUGCAGACGGCUCUGCUUGCGGAUCAAGCAGGCCAUCCCGGUUCUUUCGGUCUCACGUGCUGGCUCGCUCAGGGCUUGCGUAGCAGAGGUGUCAUCGGUAUUGAGCCCAGUGGCUACAUGAAGCUCAUCAAGUCACCCUGGACCUCAGACGAAAAGGGAGUCGACCUGCAGGCUGCUGUCGAUGGAUGUCUCGAGCUCCUUAACGCGGCAAAGAAGACAGAAGGCUUUGUACCCGAUGCUGCAAGUGCAGCCAUUACAGACGCUGCAAGUAUGCGAGCUGCCAUUCUGGCUGGUACAGACAAGGGCAACACCCACUGGGGCGGCGGCGCCAACCUAGGCUCGGUCGUCGAUAAUUCUUGCCGCGUCAAAGGCAUGUCUAAUCUUUAUGUCAGCGACGCUUCCGUGCGCAACGAGGUCAACAUCGGCAACUCGCAAGCGCCCGUCAUCGUCGUCGCAGAGAAAUGCGCCUCUGAGAUCAUCAAAGCUCAGUGAGGUGCUUCUGUGUCUGUGCAAUGCAUGUACAGACGGCGGUUCGCCAUCGAAGUUUCGCGAAAGGCCUUUACAGGCCUUGACUCGAGUGAUUGGAGGGCCUGUCGAUUGCAGAUUGCUGCUCAGUGGGUACUGAGCCAUUAAAGAGUCCCGCGAGGAUUCGAUGAUGCUUCGAAAGAUCAAUGAAGCCAAAAAUGUUGGCGAACAAAAUCAGACAUCAAGAAGAAGGGUCAAUGGCUGUAUCGCAUUGAGCAAGGGCUCGAGGUCCGCAAAACUAAGAGACUGCGGUAAACUGAUUCUAGUAGCUCAUCCUUGUAUCAUCUUCCCGAUGAUUGAACAGCUCCCCCGGCGCUGAACUCGUGGCAAUUGGUGUAGGUUGAUCUGUCCACGUUGACGUAUU